CCUGACGGCGCGGCCCGAUCACACCGCCGGGCCGCCUGGGGGCGCUGUCCCCGCCCCCGCCACGGUGCUGCCCGAGAGCCGCGGGGCCGCGCGGCACGUGCGCGGGGAGCGGGGCCGGGCCGGGGCCGCCAUGCUUAAGGUGCGGGCGGGGAAGCGGGCGCGGCAGGAGCGUCGGGAGGGCUGCGCCGCCGGCGUUCUCUUCAACACCGGCGCCGGCCAGCACAUCCUCAAGAACCCGCUCGUCGUCAACAGCAUCAUCGAGAAGGCAGCCCUACGACGCACAGAUGUCGUCCUGGAAGUCGGCCCAGGAACUGGUAACCUGACAGUGAAGAUGUUGGAGAAAGUAAAAAAAGUUAUUGCUUGUGAAAUUGACCCUAGACUUGUUGGUGAACUUCAGAAGAGAGUCCAGGGCACGUGUCUGGCAAACAGACUUGAGAUCAAGGUUGGAGAUAUCUUGAAAACAGACUUACCAUUCUUUGAUGCAUGUGUGGCUAACCUGCCUUACCAGAUUUCUUCACCUUUUGUUUUCAAGUUGUUGCUUCAUAGACCUUUUUUCAGGUGUGCAAUACUUAUGUUUCAAAGGGAAUUUGCACUUCGCUUGGUUGCAAAACCAGGAACUAAACUGUACUGCAGACUGUCUAUUAAUACUCAGUUAUUAGCUCGAGUGGACCAUCUGAUGAAGGUUGGAAAAAACAACUUCAGGCCCCCUCCCAAAGUCGAAUCCAGUGUUGUCAGAAUAGAGCCAAAGAACCCGCCACCACCUAUCAACUUCCAGGAGUGGGAUGGUCUGGUAAGGAUAGCCUUUGUUAGGAAAAACAAGACACUCUCCGCAGCAUUUAAGUCAAGUGCUGUAGAGCAGUUGCUGGAUCAUAAUUACCGAAUUCAUUGUUCCUUACAUAAUAAAGAAAUACCUGAAAACUUCAAAAUUGCAGAAAAAAUACAGACAGUCCUAAAAAAUACUGGUUACUCUGAAAAACGAGCCCGUUCAAUGGAUAUAGAUGAUUUCAUUAGAUUGCUGCAUGGCUUCAAUUCAGAAGGCAUCCAUUUCUCAUAGAUUCUACUAGAAGAUGAAGGAUGCUCCGUAUUUUUAGUCUUGCCUAAGGCAGAGUGACUGCAGGACAAGCUCUUCUUGCAGAAGCAACAAACAGAAUACAGUGUACAUGCUCCAGUUCUAAAACAUUACGUGGAAUUUUAUCACAGAUAGUAGGCAAGAAGCUGCUGCUCUGUAUUUUAAAAGCAACAAAUUUUUUCAUCACUGAAGUGAGGCGCUGGACAUCCACAUGAGUGUAUUUUUAAAUAUACCAAAUAAUGUGGAUUGAUGCUGCCAUAAUUCAUGAGAAUUAAAAUUCAUCAUAAGAGAAAUCUGUUCUCUCAUCAUAAACUUCAACUCAGUAUAUUCUUGCACAGUACUCAGCCUGAGUUGACCAGCAGUCUGGUCUGGUCAACAAAAACAGUUGUCAUUCCAUUUUUGGGGGGAUUUUGUUCUUUGUUUUAAAGUGCAUUUAAACACUUCCUUUUGAUUGAAAUGCUUGUCUCUUCCAUUUGUCUUCUGGUAGCUAACCUGCAUUACAAGUCUGUUAGUAAUCUGUUUCUCUUGGAGAAAUCCUGGUAACUGUUUCUCAUAAACAUGAGCAUUUA